CUAUUUUUGAGGAUUUUUAAGUAUGAAUUCUAAAACAUGGAAUGACCUUGUAGGAGUCUCCAGAGGGCUCUGGUCGGUCCUACAGAAAGCCCAGACUAAUAAUCAGAGCGUAUAUAGAAUGCCCAGAGUUCCUUCAUAUCAAAGGUUAGAGAGUUACAGUCAGGAAUACUCCCAAGCUGUGGAUGAGAACAAUGAGGACCCACUUGAUCGAGAAUUUCACAAAAUUAACCGUGAAAGAAUGCUUAAGAAUACUACAGAAGAAGCUAUGUCUACUGACCAAGGAAGCCAUAUUAGUGAAGAGCGUAGGGGUCACAUAGAAGAACCCUCUCUGGAGGACUCAAAGAGAACUGAGCCAAUUAAGCAAUCUGAAGAAGUCUCAGAAAGUACUCAUAAAGAGGAAUUCAUUGAAGACGAAAUCACAGAGAAAGAAAAAGAACUGGGAUAUGACCAAACACCUUUUUACCUAAAACAAGAUAGACCGGUGUUCACAGGAAGAGAGACUAAAAUUCCGACCAGUCCUUCUGCCAGAGCUUUACAUUUUGGAGCUCUAGGAAUUUCUUUAGUAGGAGGAACUCUAUCUGCUGCUUUAAAACAAAAUUUAGGGAUUUCUCAGCCCUUACCAGAAGUAGAGGGAGGAAGAAGACUCGCAAGAUAUGCAAUGACCGAUGAUAACUCUAAUAGAUUAUCAAAUACUUUAUGCAAAAUGAGAGGAGCUGCUUUAAAAAUUGGACAGAUACUCAGUAACACUGACGAUAGUGUGAUCCCUCUAUCGAUACAAAAAGCAUUUGAUAAAGCAAGGCAGAAUGCAGACAUUAUGCCCAAAUAUCAAGUCGUUCAAAUGCUUGAGAGAGAACUUGGAGCAAAUUGGAAAGACAAUUUUGAAGAGUUUGACAUGUAUCCAAUAGCAGCAGCUUCAAUCGGACAAGUCCAUAAAGGAAUCCUUAAAGAUGGGACUGAGGUUGCUAUAAAAAUCCAGUACCCUGACAUUGAAAGAUCAAUCGACUCAGAUUUUGGCAAUUUCAGAAGACUUCUCAAAGUAGUCGGAGCCAUGCCUGACAAUCUCUAUCUCGAAGAGCUAUUCGCUAACGUGAAAGCUGAAUUACAUGAAGAAUGUGACUACACUAUUGAAGCCGAGAAGCAAAGAUUCUACAAACAGAUGCUUGAAGAUGAAAGCUACUCAAGUGACUAUUACGUCCCAACAGUGUAUAAUGAUUUAUCAACCAAGCAUAUAAUUACUCAAGAAUUUAUCCACGGAGUUCCAAUCGAUGAGCUUCACAAUUACCCACAAGAGGUAAGAGAUAGAGCGGGUAAGCUCAUGUUAAAGCUAUGUCUUCAUGAGAUCUUCCUCCUCAAGUUCAUGCAGACUGACCCAAAUCCUGCAAACUUUUAUUAUGAUGUUGAGAAGAAUAGAUUUAACUUAAUAGAUCUUGGAGCUGCUCACCAUUACAAAGAGUCUUUCGUACAUGAUUACUUCCAAGUAGUAGAGGGAGCUGCUCUUGAAGAUAAAGACAAAAUUAUCGAUUACUCUACAAAACUAGGGUUCCUUACCGGUGAUGAGAAUAGAGUGAUGCUAGAGUCUCAUUCCAAAAGUGCAAUGUUCAUUGGAGAGCCCUUCAAACACCAAGAACCCUACUUUGAUUUUGGAAACUCUAAAAUUAGCAAUAAGCUAAUUGAAGAAAUUCCAGUGAUGCUAAAGAACAGACUGAGUCCUCCUCCUCAAGAAGUUUACUCCCUACACAGGAAGCUAUCCGGUUCAUAUUUCCUCUGCAUCAAGCUAAGAUCGAAGGUGAACUCAAAAGAGCUAUACAAUGAAGUGAGUGAAAGAUUCAAGCUCAUGAAUAGCCUCCAGUAUUCAACAGUUUAUUAA